AUGGACCGAACUCUGAAGUGUCCGGGUGAGAGACCUGAGGAAAACGAAGAGCAGGACAAAGAGGCGGUGGCCGCCCAUGGGCGGCUUGCAAGGCUCGAGGAGGCCGAGGAGGGGUCGGAUUGGGACUCCGACCUGGAGACCGAAGGCACCCCAGGGCCUGGAGAAUGGAGCAAGAACACCCUGGGCCUGAGGUCUCGCUGGGCCUAUGGCGUUGUGUCUGCUGCUGGCUUUCUGCCUCAAGGGAGUACUCCAGAGCUGAACCUGCGGCACCGUGGCCUGGGGCCCCAGGGGGCCCGAGCUCUGGCUUCUGCCCUGACAUCCACUCCCUGUGUCAAACGGCUUGAUCUCCAGGACAAUGGCCUUGGUGGGGCUGGUGCAAAGGCCCUGGCAAGUGUGCUGAGCCAGAACAGCAGCAUCUGUGAGGUGGACUUGUCUGAGAACCAGCUGGGAGCAGCAGGGGCCAAGGCACUCUGUGCUGCCCUCUCAAGGGCCCAGACAGUGCAGAAACUGCGUCUGGCAGGAAAUGAUCUGGAGGAGCAGGCCGCCCGCUACCUUGCCGAACUCCUGCUGGCCCACACGGGCCUCAAGGCCCUGGAUCUCAGCUAUAACCAGCUGAACGACCCAGCAGGAGAGACCUUGGGACCGGCCCUGGCAGAAAACGCAGGACUCACUGAGCUGAACCUAAGCUGGAAUCACCUGCGAGGCCCAGGUGCUGUAGCGUUUGCCAGGGGGCUGGAGGCAAACAUCUUCCUGAAAGUUCUGGAUAUUUCUCACAAUGGCUUUGGGGACCCUGGAGCCUCUGCAGUGGGUGAGGCUCUCAAAGUCAACAACGUGUUGGAGGAACUCAAUAUGAGCAACAACCGCAUCUCUGCCGCCGGAGCCCGCAGCCUGGGCCUGGGCCUCCGGGUCAACCAGACGCUGCGCAUUCUUAUUGUGACCAGGAACCCUUUGCGCAGUGAAGGCUGCACGGGUCUUCUCAGGGCUGUCAGGGACAACGCUGCAUCUGCCCUUGAACUGCUGGAUUUCUCUGACGUCCAGGUGGACAGAGACUUUGAUGAACUCACCAGCUCCGUCCAAGUCCUUCUUCCGGGCCUUUGCAUCAAGACUGGUGCUCACAGAGUGGAGUAUAAAAAAGAACUGCUGCAAGCUGGCACUGUGGUGCACGCCGCAAGCCCACUGACAGAGCAUCGAGCCAAUCGAGAGGAGGACCUGGAACGUUGGCCCGCCCUCAAGGAGCUCCGGACCAAUGAGUGCCCCGGAAGCCACGAACACACUCCCCGUGAAGUGCGCGCGCGGCAACGAACGGACGUUGGGCGCGCGACGUCGGCGGCGGCAGUUGAGGUCCGGUAG